AUGGCUAACUUUGUGCAAUUUUGGCUGUUUGCGAGUUGGGCAGUUGUCACUGGAGACUUGGUGGCCAGCCAAGAUUUCCUCAUAUUCGCGACAACGACAAGUUCGCCUUUGAUGGCAACAAGGCCAACGGUCCGUUCGACUGGCGACUUUGUGCUGGUCAACAAUUCGCCAGUUGUGGGCACGAUGACACCAUUUAGUACAAACGCUGCGGCGCCCACCCAAGCAUUCAUCGAUUGCUUUGGCCGUUGUCCAACUACGCCGGAGUAUAAUCCGAUUUGCGCCAGCAACAGGCAACUGUAUCUCAACGAACAGAAAUUCAACUGCGCUCGCUUUUGCGGUGCCGAUAUACGGAUUGUGCGUCGCGGUAGCUGCGAGGGUUUGUUUCCUAUGCAACGCGGAUGACGUCGGUUAUCCAGACUUUAUGGUUGGACAGUAAAAUGUAAAAACUUGUAUAAAC